AUGGCUGAAAAUACAAUGCCUCGCUUUAGCCAGUCCAGUACAACAAACAACGAACACAAGAAAAAGGGUUGUGCCAAAAGGAUUGUGGGAGACGUGAAAACAGGCGAAGCCAAUACCCAAUACAAAUGCUGUAUUACUAGCGACCAAGGCCAUUCUCCCCAGGCGCUUAACCUGGAAAAUACUCCUCAGGAAAAGCUAGUCUUGGUUAUCGAGGAGUUUCUCCAAGAGACGAUUCCCAUUUACAAAGAUCGUCUUCCGCAAAAGAUGGAAGAUUUCGACACUACGCAAUACGCCUACAUCGGGACAAAGAGGAGGACUGCCAUUGUGGUCACAAGACUCAGUGGGCAGAGGGUCUACUUUUACCAUCUAUUGAACAACAAGGACAGACUUUGGACCGCCGGUCUCCUGGCCAAGGAUAUUUACGACCAGAUCUUCUUCUAUUCCGAAUUUGCUCGAUAG